AUGUUUGAUCUUAAUGGCAUAUACAAUAGUAUGAAGUCCUUCUACGAUUUAUGUUGGUUAGGUAAGAGUUUGAAUCCAAAAGAUGUUGUUGUUCUUUUAGGUGGAUCAGACGCAUUUGGUACACAACUAUGUCAGCAAUUGAUAAAUGAGGACGUCGUGGUGGUCAACAUUGACAGUCUUGAUAAUAGUAAUGAGCUAUUGUUAGACAUUAACUCCCCUAAACAACAGUACUAUUUUAUUCCAUGCGAUUCUUUUGAAGAUGUGAAUCAUAUGAAGAGUGCAAUAAAUAAGGUUGCUCAAACAAAAUUGACUCCAACCAUUUUUCUAAAUAAUAUCAAUUUUGAGUUUGAGACUAUAUUAAAAGACUCCAACACAGAGUGUAAUGACUUAUCCAGUGACUAUGUUAAAUAUUUUCAAAAAACAAUAAUGAUUAAUUUAGAGAAUGUAAUGGUCUCAACUAAAUAUUUCCUGAACAAUUUCAUUAAUCCAGAUUUCUAUUAUGUGAUAAAUGUAUCCAUUGAUAUAAAAGAUGUUUACAGUUGGGAAGGAUCGCGAUUCAGAACUUCUAAGAUGGCAUUAAACCAAUAUCAUGACUCUUUGGUAUCAGAACUUAACGAAAUGUACUGGGAAAAGAACUUGGAUAUAAAAAACAUACUAUUCUAUUUGCCAUAUAAACAUCUGAACUAUUCUGAGUAUGUAUCAAGUUGUAAACAACUUUCCAUUAAUGCAGUUUCUCAUCUUAAAAAUGGCGAAAGAGGUCCCAUUCAACUCUGA